AGUGCUUAUUCCGUUUCCUAAGAGCGGUGGUCACGCGUCGGAUUUGAAAUAAUAGUCGCGCCCGGAUUUUGAGCUCGGGAAAUCAGACGUUUGUUUCGCACUUCCCAGAUUUAAAAUUCUGUGAAUAUGAAUCCUACGGAGUUUGCAACACCAGAUAGUCCUAUUCCUCAGAGGAGACACAGUGCAAGGAUCGCAAUGGCAACUGCGGAAGUGUUGUGCGGGCAAGAACAACAAUUGACAGAGGAUGACGCUCUUGAUGAAAUUCCUCUUAGUAAACGGAUGGAGAAGAUUCAGGGGUUGCAAAACCACCAAGAACUGGUUAAUGUUGGCCAGGCGAAGGAGGAAGUCAUCAAUAAUCUGAACCUAACUAGUGAGGUCAAUGGAUUGGCGCGCGAAUAUGCUAGGCCAUGGUCUGUGUGUGAUUUUGUGUAUAUGCCCCUUAAUACCGGUGACCACUGGGUCUUAAUUGUCUUGGAAGGGGAAGGAAGGACUAUACGGGUGUAUGAUUCAAAAGGAAGGAAAGGAAAGGGGUGCAGGGCAUUAAAUACGUUUAUGCAAUGUAUUACAGAAUUGCUUCAAGUCCUCCUUGAUAUGUUGCAUGUGUACGACGAGCACUCCGAUGGACCAAUGGGCAAACGAAAGUUCUGUAUCGAGGCAAUUGAUGGUUGUCCGCAGCAAGAUGACGGGUGUAAUUGUGGAAUGUUUAUGCUAAAGUUUGUGGAGUACCUGAUGAUGGACGGGGACAUCACUGAGGUGCAUUCACGCGACAUGGAGAGGACAACAGCUGAUAUGAGCCACCCUCCGGUGAAAUGUCGUGUUUUGCUUUACAUUGCCAGGGCUUGUGUUCAAGAGCUCUGCCAUUCUCUAAUGAUUUCCAAUCUAUCUGAAGGCAUGGUGAAUGUUUCUGGUGCGAAGCGGAAGUGUAUGCCUCCCACCUUGGAAAGCGGGCCUCGGUCCCGCAAUUUAUCAGACGAAGAAGAGAAGGAGCUUCUGGAGGGGUUGCUACAUCCGCUAACCAAAAUUACUGAUGAAGAUAAAAAAAUGUACAUGUCACUUCUACGUCCAAAAGUUCAAGUGAAACCACCUGUAUUGCAGAAGAAGCCUAAGCAUAACUGUGGAGUUCAAAUACGCACUAUCCCUGAUUUCCUUUAUAUGCCAGUUCUUGAUCAAGGGCCAACUGCUGAACCUACAUACCUCAAAAACAGAAGAGAGCAAAAUGACCCAAACCCUUGGGAGAAGACAAGCGGGCUCACUCAAAAAGAACUACAACACAGGAACCUGCACUUGCGAUGGGCAUUGGCUCCUCUUGCUCGCUUCAACCGAAGACAUUCUACACAUUAUAAGCUUGUGGAAGUCAUUAACUGCAAUGCGUUUCUACUUCCUGGAUGCAAGACAUGGAUUCAUUGUGCUUUCAAAGCUGCAACCGAAACUUCUUCUGUGCCAGAACUCUUUUUUGUUGAAUUUUACCAAUACGAGCUUCAAAAGUAUCACUUCCUGAGUGUUACUCGUAUAACCAAUCGCAUCAAGACUACAUGUGAUGACUGCCGGUAUUGCAGAGGGAAGGGGAUUCCUCAUGCCGUCAACAAAUUCACCCAGGGGCAGAAGUACUAUGGCGGGCCUAUUUUACGCUCCAUGUGGCUCACUUAAAAUGUUAUGUUUGUCCCGUUCAAUGUCAAUGCAUCAUGGAUGCUAUGAUAUUUACUACUUUUUGUGUGUUUUUUUUGUUGUUGUGGGUCUUCAUGUUAGAAAUGUCAAACAAAGGAAUUGAUUGUAAUAUCUUGAUAAUAUCCUUGAUUGGAAUCAAAUUACCAAUCAAGAUAUUUGAUUAGG